AUGUCGGCGGCGGCGGCGGCUGGCUUGGCCGCCCCGCCGCUCUGGCCCAUUAGGACCAAGCUCCUGCUCUGCGCCGCGCUCGGCUUCACGCUCGGCGUCGUCGCCACCGCGUCCCUCAUGACCUCCUCCUACGCGACGUCGUCCGCCGCACUCCGGGGAGGAGGAGGAGCGCUCGGCCUCUUCUUACCGCCGUCCGCCACCAGGAACGCCGUCCAGGAUCGCCCCCCGCCGCCAGCAGCGCGUUCGCAGCCCAAACAAGGCGCAGUGCCGCCAGCGCGUUGGCAGCCCAAACAAGAAGGCGCGGUGCCGCCAGUGAUCCGCCGCGCUCGGACGUCGGACCCGUCGCCGGCCGCGGCCACGGGCAUGGGCAUGCCACCACCGCCGGCUCCUCCGGCUGCGGGCAUUACUACUAGCGCUGCUGCUACCCCGCCGCCACCGCCACCGGCGCUGCCUGGUAUUGGCGGCCAGAAGCCGGGACCGGCAACGCCUCGGGUUACUACGGCUGUCUCCGGUGGCAAUGGUAGCAGCAGCAGCAGCAUCGGUGACGACGGCGACGACGAGGAGCUGAUGGCCCGGGCGGCGGCGGCGCCGAGGGAGGUGCCGGCCGGGACGGUCCCCAGGGUGGCGUUCCUGUUCCUCACGCGCUGGGACCUGCCGAUGGCGCCGCUGUGGGAGAAAUUCUUUGAGGGACACCGCGGCCUCUACAACGUCUACGUGCACUCCGACCCGGCGUUCAACGGGUCCGAGCCGCCGGAGACCGCCGCCUUCUACCGCCGGAGAAUCCCCAGCAAGGAGGUGCAAUGGGGCGAGAUCAGCAUGGUGGAGGCGGAGCGUCGUCUUCUGGCGCACGCCCUCGUAGACGACCGCUCCAACGCCCGCUUCGUGCUGCUGUCGGAGUCGCACGUCCCGCUGUUCGAUUUCCCCACAGUUUACUCCUACCUCGUCAACUCCACCAAGGUGUACCUCGAGUCCUACGACCAGCCAGGCGCCACGGGCCGCGGCCGCUACAACCGCCGCAUGAGCCCCGUCGUGGCCCCCUGGCAGUGGCGCAAGGGCUCCCAGUGGUUCGACCUAGACCGGGGCCUCGCCGCCGACGUCGUCGCCGACCGCGUCUACUUCCCGCUCUUCCGGCGCUUCUGCCGCCGCAACUGCUACGCCGACGAGCACUACCUGCCCACGUUCCUCAACAUCCGGCGGCCGUCGUCGGCGGGGGCCAACCGCAGCCUGACGUGGGUCGACUGGUCCCACGGCGGCCCGCACCCGGCGCGGUUCACAAGGAUGGAGGUCACCGUCGACUUCCUCCGGUGGCUCAGGGACGGCAGCACGUGCACGUACAACGGCAGGACCACCAGCGUCUGCUUCCUUUUCGCCAGGAAGUUCCUGCCCAACUCGCUCACCAGGUUCUUGAGAUUUGCGCCCAAGGUGAUGGGUUUUGGCUAA